GCCCAUCAUUAUUACUGUCCACUCAACUAGGCUCCAAUUCCAGCCCUGAGCCCAGCACUCAGCACACGCACAACGCACAGGACAAACAGAGUCUGCGAAGUCAGUGCCAGUCUUGAGCUAAACCUAGAUUCUUGUCACCUAGGCUAGUGAGUUGGCCAAGCCUGUUUCUCGUGCCAAGUGGACGUGGAAUAUCAACGGUUUUCUUCUGCUAGAAACUCCACGUGAACAGUCCACAACAUUUCAAAACGAAACUGCAGGCCUUCACCUCCAAGACAGAUUUCGAAGUCUUUGAGUUCCUCCACUAUAAUCCUUUACUACAUCUAGAUCUACUACAAUUUAUAAUCCUAUUUGAUUGAUCAUGACUUCUCCCCAGUCUUUUAUUAAGGUACACAGUCAUUUAUCUGGCAUUCUGAGAACGAGAUGGAAAGCUCAGAAACUCUUUUCUUGGAUAUCAUCUGUACAUGAAAGUUCCUUUUUGACACCAAACAUCACUCGCUUCAAUCAGUAUUCAAUAAAGAUAUCGGAUGAUGACCAGGGCUACUCUCUGGAUCAGUUUUGUAUCCCAAAACACUACGAAAAUGACCUGUCUCAUGUUCUCAUCCCGGAGGGACUUAUUCAUGACAGAACUGAGCGUCUGGCACGGGAUAUAAUAUCUGACUUUGGCACUGAUGCUAUUGUGGGCCUGUGUGUUCUCAAAGGAGGAUAUAAGUUCUUCACAGAUCUCUGCAACAAGAUGCAACUUUUGAACAGAAACAGCGACCAGUCUGUGCCAAUGUCAGUUGACUUUAUUCGCAUCAAAAGCUAUGUGAAUGAAAAGUCUUCUGGGGAUAUCGAAGUGAUUGGUUGUGACAAUUUAGAUGGACUCAAAGGAAAGAAUGUCUUAAUUGUAGAAGACAUCAUAGACACUGGUAAAACAAUGCAGCACUUGCUGGAGCUUCUGAAAAAAGUGGAACCAAAGUCAAUCAAGGUGGCAAGUCUAUUGGUUAAAAGAACUCCCCUGAGUGUUGGCUACAAACCAGACUAUAUUGGCUUUGAGGUUCCUGAUGUUUUUCUAGUUGGAUAUGCUUUGGACUUCAAUGAGUACUUCCGUGACCUUGGGCAUAUAUGUGUCAUCAACAAAAAUGGUAAAACGAAAUACAGUGUAACAGAGAAAUAGUAGUACCGGUAUCCUCCAUCUAAACUCCCCGUUAAAUGUUGAAUGAGAGACAGCCUAUGGGAUGUAUGCAGACACAACAGACGCCAGUGUUAUUUUCUGUAUCCAUCAUUUAUGCAGAUUUAUCAUGUGCCCAGUGUUAAUGUAAAAUGUGCGAAAAAUUAGAAUAAUGAAUACAUACACAUCUUGAUUCUAUCCAUUUCUUAAGUCAGUAUGCCUCUUUUGUGUGAUAAAGUGUUCUUCAGGUUUUAUUACACUUCUUUUUGGUUCUAUGUGUCUGCUUAGUUAUUCAAUUUACGAGAGAAUUUUGUUUUUUUCAAAAUUGUUAAUCUGUUAGUUCCUUUGUUUUGUGAUUUCUGGUGUGAUAUUGCAUACUCCAGUUUGUUCUAUGGCAAUAAAAAGUAUUAGCCUAGGAUACUUUAUUUACUUUUUGUGUACCGGUGUAUGUUUUGUUCUGAAGUACAAAUCAUGUUUAGAAAGUGAUGAAUAUAAAGGGAGUUUCUGUCCCUGGAUGUUUCAAAACUGAUAAAAAGUUUUAGAAAG